AAAAAACACUUGAUAAUGUUUGAUAUUUAUAAUAAGCAUUGCUAAGAACUUUGACAAUUUAAAAGGUGAUUUUCCCAAUGUUUGGAUUUGGAACUCUCAGAUUUUUUCAAUUGAAAUCUGGUUGAAUUAAUGACAUUAAACAUCAGGAUUUAGGUUAAGAGUUUAUUGUUCGUUGUGUUGUAAUCCACAUUAGGAGAAAGAAGAGGAAUGAAGCGGAAAGCGGAUAAUGAUUUUCAGAGUGUUUCUGGUGAAGGCAAACCGUAUGCUCUGAGGAAACGCAUCAAACUUUCAGAGAUGGAGAACACAAGAGACACAGAGAUGACCAGCUAUGAGGAGAAAACCAGUUCAGGAGGAAGAGGAGAGAAACGGAAAGCGGAUGAUGAUUUUCAGAGAGUUUCUGGUGGAGGUAAAUCAUACGCUCUGCGGAAACGCAUCAAAGUUUCAGAGAUGGAGAACACAAGAGACACUGAGAUGACCAGUUUUCAGGAGAAAACCAGCUCAGGAGGAAGAGGAGAGAAGCGGAAAGCAGAUGAUGCUUUUCAGAGUGUUUCUGGUGGAGGCAAACCAUCUGCCCACCGGAAACGCAUUAAAGUUACAGAGCUGGAGAACACAAGAGAAGACGCCGACACAGAGGCGUCCAGCUCAGGAGGAAGAGGAGUGAAGAGGAAAGCGGAUGAUGAUUUGCAGAGUGUUUCUGACAGAGUCAAACCAUACGCUCUGCGGAAACGCAUCAAAGCUGCAGAGACGUCCAGCGAUGAGAACAGCCGCUCAGAAGUUCCAAGAGGACAGAAGAGAAAGGCUGGAUGUCUAGAUCAGGACAGCAGAAAUCUGGACACAGUUGCUGCCAAACGAGUGAAAACUGCAGCAGAAGACAGCAGCUCAGGAGGAAGAGGAGUGAAGCGGAAAGCGGAUGAUGAUUUUCAGAGUGUUUCUGGUGAAGGCAAACCAUACGCUCUGAGGAAACGCAUCAAAGCUGCAGAGCUGGAGAACACAAGAGACGCCGCCGACACAGAGGCGUCCAGCUCAGGUCAGUCCACUCUUUAUGACUGGAAAAUGCUGGAAAACUAUUAGCACUGCUGCAAAUUUUGAGCAAUAAU